AUGGCCUACGUUCAUUCUGUGGUUGGAUUCGCUCCUUUUGGACAUUAUGGGCAUGCCAUGAGUAAGUUUGUCGUUCUUAAUCUCCUGAGUAACCAUAAGUUACAUAUGUUGAGACAUGUUCGCUUUUUCGAUAUUGGUUUAUUGAUGAAAAGUCUAUACGAACAAUGGGAUGAUCAAAACAUAGGGAAUGGUCCAAUAUUAGUGGAAUUUAAGGAGAAAUUUGUGGAUAUGAGCACAAAUAUAAUUUUUCCUAUUAUUGCUGGCAAACCUAACGCUGAGGAUUCAAAACGAUGCCAAAAGACUUUGGCGUAA